AUGCCGUCCAAGACAUUGCUUCCUCCAGCCAAGGAUGUGGAAGAAGGGCCCUACGAUCUGAAGACUCUUGACGCUCCCGUCAUGCGGGGCGUCAAGCUCAAGCUGUUUGUCACCUUGGCUGUUGAGAGCCCCCUGUUUGCGUUAGUGAAGCGUGCGCUGUUCAAAAAGAGCGGACUUCCCCAGGUUCUCAACGAUGUUGACAUUCCUGAGCUACCAAAAUUCUUUCCAGAGCCCUUGUUUCCCCAAGGGGAAUAUCAGGCCACUCCUACUUUGGCACCAACUAGCACGCCCAAAGAGAAGUUGAAUUUUGCGCUCAAAAGUGUGACCUCCGACUUCUUCACACCAAGUGGACCUCUUGCCACUACACCAAGGCCAACAGUGAGGGUCUACCAUAAGGCUUACAAGGAAGGGCUGUCAACGCCUACCCAGGUUGCGAACAACAUCAUCAAAUUUCUGAAGGAUCGGGACCUGCACUGGCUGAUCGCAUAUGACGAGAAAGACAUUCUAUUGCAGGCUGAGGCAGCAACAAAGCGUUACAGCGAAGGCCAGCCACUGUCAGUGUUGGAUGGGGUGCCAUUCGCUGUGAAGGACACCGUGGAUGCGGCGCCAUACCGGACAACCUGUGGGACAGCCUACUAUGGCACAUGGCGGGAACCGGGCAAGGAAUUCCAGAUUGUGACGUCUCUGAAGUCCCUGGGGGCAGUGCUCCUUGGAAAAACCAACAUGAAUGAGAUCGGUUUGGGUGUGACUGGCAUCAACACUGUCCAUGGGACCCCUGUGAAUCCAUGGGCUGAAGGUCACUGCUGUGGGGGCUCUUCUUCUGGGUCUGGAGCGGUCGUUGGGUCAGGGCUGUGUCCCAUUGCCAUAGCGUCUGAUGGAGGCGGCUCUCUACGCGUUCCGUCGUCUUUCUGUGGAGCUGUGACUCUCAUGGCAUCGCGUGGGCGUUUGAGCCAUGAGGGCACCUGCGCCCUGGACUUCACUGUGGCAGAAUAUGGUCCGGUUGCUGGCUGUGUUGAUGAUGCCAUGAUCACGUACUCCUUGCUGUGCGAUGUGCCAUCCACUCCCCCCAUUGCACUGCCGGAGAGGCCUCCUGCUGGACCACAAAAUGGCAAGCCACUGCGAGGACUGACCAUGGGAAUCUAUUGGCAGUGGUUCAACGAUGCCAACAGCAGCGUGGUCGAGGUUUGCACCAGGGCCGUGCGCCUCCUGGAGGAGCUGGGUGUGUCGCUUAAGGCCAUCAACAUCCCCGACCUGGAGCUCCUGCGUGUGGCCCACACAUGCACCAUCGCCUCCGAAAUGGCACAAGCCUUCAACAGGGCGUACAACGGCAGGAAGUGGAGGAGCCGGAUGAACAAUGACAUCAGGGUGAGCCUUGGCAUUGCCAGGGCCUUCACAGCUAAAGACUACGUACAGGCUCAGAGAAUACGCGGCAGGAUGAUGGUGCACUUCAAGCGCGUGUUGAGUGACGUCGACUUCUUGGUCACUCCUACCGUUCCCAUAACUGCCCCGCCUGUGCACCCCACAGCCCUGAAGACAAACGAAUCCAACGUGAAGCUUACGUCCACAAUCAUGCGCUUCAUGGCGGCCGCGAAUUUCUUGGGGCUGCCUGCAAUGAGCCUGCCAGUUGGUCACGACGAAAAGCAUCUGCCCAUCGGGCUGCAAUUGAUGGGCAAGCACUGGUCGGAGGCGACACUGUUCAAGGCGGCGAACGCCUUGGAGAUGUCUCUGAAGAGUGGCGGGGCGUCUCAAGGGCUGCGCCCAGAGUUUCUGUCGCUAGGGACGAAUCCGUUGGCUGGACUUUAG